AUGACGUUACCUUCUGCUAUUGUGCGAAACACUCGUCAGCUGAUUCAUCUACAUGCGCUACGAUGUGUAUCAAACUCACCCGCGGCCAAUGAGCCUCCACAAAAAUUCGAUAUUGCCGUGGUGGGCGGUGGCAUCGUUGGUAGCGCAACAGCUCGUCAGCUGAAAAUGGAAUAUCCACAAUUGAAAAUCUGCUUACUCGAAAAGGAGAACAAAUUAUCACCACAUCAGAGUGGUAACAACAGUGGUGUGAUUCAUGCAGGGAUUUACUAUACUCCUGGAACUUUGAAGGCGAAGCUCUGCGUCGAAGGUUCAUCCCUAUUCUUGUUUACUUGA